AUGGCUUCCAUGGGUGCCCCGGGCAAUAGAAAUCCAUUGGAUGUUGUGAACAAUGCUCCUUAUUGCUUGAAGAUUCAUGGGCAAUAUCAUCAUUUGACCACAACGGCAAUGCGCCCAGCGGAUGGGCAAGCUCCGCGUUUUGCGCAGCUUUAUUUUUUAGAUACAGAAGAAGCUAUUAAUCAUAGAAUGAAUAAUAAAGCUAAUCAAAAGUGUGAUCCAGUCUUAAUGAAAGAUUUGUCCUGCUUUAUGAUCCAAAGCAAUGAAUUUGCAAAAACUUUUAAGAUGAUGCGUCAAGUUGAACAAGAUCUUAAUCCGAGAGAACUUUAUUCGGGAUUAAUGGAUCACCUAGAUAAUCGAGCACAAAAUGAAGGAAUUAAAGCUGGUAUACCUGUAAUAUUACCAUCUUCAUUUAUGGGCAGUCCAAGAAAUAUGCAAGAUAGAUAUCAAGAUGCCAUGUCUCUGGUUAGAAAGUUUGCUUAUGCAGGUGUGAUUGAAUUUCAAAAAAGAGGACUUCCACAUUUGCAUUUACUUGCAAUGUUGAGUGAUGAAGAUAAGCCCAGACUUCAAGAAGUCAUUGACAUGAUGGUAUGGGCUGAAAUUCCUGACAAAGAAAGAUAUCCAGAACUUAAUGUAAAAGUUUUGAGGCACAUGAUUCAUGGUCCUUGUGGAGAUCACUCUCAGAGAUAUCCUUGCACUGGGGAUGAUGGAAAAUGUUCAAAAGGUUUUCCAAAAGAGUUUCGUGAAGAAACUAAUGCUAAUGUAAAUGGAUAUCCUAUGUAUCAACGAAGGAAUUUUAAGAAAAAAUACAUCGUCAGAGGAAAAGAAAUUGAUAAUCGAUGGGUAGUACCAUAUUCACCAUAUUUAAUUAUGAAAUAUGAUCGACAUAUCAAUUUGGAAAUAUGUUCAUCAGUGAAGAGCGUAAAAUACUUAUAUAAAUAUAUUCAUAAAGGAUUUGAUUGUGCUGCAAUUGAAGUACAAGCACAAGAUGGCACAAGGUUAAUUAAAAUAGAUGAAGUUAAUUCAUACCUGGAUGCAAGAUAUGUUAGUGCUCCAGAAGCAAUGUGGAGACUGAACGGAUAUGAUCUGUUCAUGAAGUCUCACACAGUAAUAAGACUGGCAGUUCAUUUGCCUAAUCGCCAAAUGGUUUAUUUCCGAGCGGGAAAUGAAGAACAAGCUGCUCAAAGAGAGCUAACUCGAGAUACCACGUUGACUGCAUGGUUUAAAUUAAAUCAAUCUGAUGAAAAUGCGGUGCAUUUUCUUUACACAGAUAUUCCUUAUCAUUAUAUCUAUGAUAAAAAAGAAACUAAGUGGAAGCCACGCAAAAAGGGUGGUGAUAAAAUAAUUUCAAGACUUUAUACAGUAAGUAUAAAAGAUAUUGAGAGAUUUUAUCUCCGUCUUCUUCUACUUCAUGUAGUUGGAGCUAAAUGUUUUGAAGAUUUGAGAACUGUAAAUGGAGUUCUUUAUAAAACGUUUAAGGAUGCAGCAAUUGCAAAAAAUUUGGUAGAAGCUGAUGAUCUUUGGGAAAAAACGCUGGAAGAAGCAACAGAUUCCAAAAUGCCCGUACAACUUCGAGAGCUAUUUGCCUACAUUUGCAUCUAUGGAACUCCAACAGAUGUACUAACUCUUUGGAAUAAAUAUAAAGAUCACAUGAUUGAGGACUUUGUACACAACAAUGUUGUCAAUCCUGAAAAUAUGGCUUUAAACCAUAUACAAGAAAUUCUGAAAAAUAAUGGAAGUAGCUGUGAGAACUUCCAAUUGCCAAAUCCAAUUCCAGUGAAUAUUUACGUCACAGAAUAUAAUGUAGAUGAAGAAAGAAGACGUGGUGACUAUUUAUUAUCAACAUUAAAUGUUGAACAAAGAUACGUGUACGAUAUAGUUAUGCGAGCGAUUGACAAUGAGAAUGAACCUCAGCGGUUAUUUUAUAUUGACGGGUUUGCAGGAAGUGGAAAAACCUAUCUAUUUAACACAUUUCUGAGUGUUAUUCGAGGAAAAAAUGAAAUGGUUAUUCCAUGUGCUUCAACUGGCAUUGCAGCCACACUUCUAAAAGGAGGAAAAAUUUAUCAUUCCCUGUUCAAACUUUCAAUACCAAUUGAUGAUGGAGCUAAAUCUAAUAUAAGAGGAAACUCUCAAGCUGCACGAGAACUGAUCUCUGCUAAACUCAUUAUAUGGGAUGAGGUGAGCAUGACGGUUGGGCAUGCCUUAACAGCAGUUGAUAAACUCUUCAAGGAUCUAAUGAAGAAUCCUAGACCAUUUGGAGGAAAAGUUAUUUUAUUUGCAGGAGAUUUCAGACAAAAUCUCCCAGUAGUACCUCAUGCACAUAAAGCAGCCAUAAUUGAGUCAACUGUCAAAUACAAUCCUAUAUGGAGAAAUGUAACUCAGGUUAAAUUACAGCAAAAUAUGAGAACUGCGGAUGAAAAGGAAUUUGCAAAUUGGCUAAUGCAAUUAGGAGAUGGUAAAUUGUCAAGUACAGAUGGAUUACAUCUUGAUACAAUUGAAAUCCCCCAGGAUUUUAUAUCAAAAGAAUCUAUUAUUACUGAGAUUUUUGGUGAUAGAAUCACCAUGGAACAGAUUAGAGAAAAUCCAGAUCGAGCGAUUCUUUGUCCUAAAAAUGAAGAUACUUUCAAAAUUAAUGACGAAAUCCUUCGUUUAAUGGAAGGAGAAGAAAAGGAAUAUCUAUCAAUUAACUCUAUU